UACCUUAAAUUGCUUUAAACGAAUUAGCCAGAGAGCAUGUGAAGCUAAUUAAACUUGUCUGUGGGACAUAGUUCAGUUCAGAAACCUUUUCGGCCUAUAAAUCAGCCAUAAGUAUAGAAGAGCUAAGCGGUAGCUAGCUUCAAUUGUAUGUGUAGUAUCACAUCUUUUGCAUUUCUUGAAUCUUUGGGUGUCCUAGUUUUCUGCCGCGUAAUUUCUGCGAGCUUGUUUCACUCACCACCUCAGAGAUCGUUGGACCCUGAUUGGACUUUAUUGUGUAUAUAUAAGGAGAAGAAGGCAUCAAGCUAGUUGUGACCAGAAAUAUAUAAUAGAACCUAAUGGGUACUUAUAUGGGGUGCUGGAGAUUGGUGUUUGGCGCUGCAAUUCUCUUCCUUCUUGGCUUCUGCGACUCCAACACAGCUCCAAACUUCACCUUCAUGCACAAUGCAACAACAGCUCCAGCCAUAUCAGACUAUGACUACAUUAUCGUAGGUGGAGGCACCGCCGGAUGCCCCUUGGCUGCAACUCUUUCCCAAAACGCCAGCGUUUUGCUACUAGAACGUGGCGGCUCACCCUAUGGCAACCCUAAUAUUACCGAUUUAGGCGCCUUUGGGGCCGCACUCGCUGACCUUUCCCCCACCUCCCCCUCCCAGCGCUUUGUCUCUGAGGACGGUGUUAUUAAUGCUCGGGCUCGUGUUUUAGGCGGUGGAAGCUGCCUAAACGCCGGCUUUUACACACGCGCUGCCGCGGACUACGUCAGGGACGCGGGUUGGGAUGGGCGAUUAGUCAACCAAUCAUACGAAUGGGUGGAGCGGCUCGUGGCAUUCCGCCCGCCAGUUCAAGGGUGGCAGUCUGCGGUGCGUGACGGUUUGUUGGAAGCCGGUGUGGUACCAGACAACGGGUUCACUUACGAUCAUAUCUAUGGGACCAAAGUUGGAGGAACCAUUUUUGAUGUUGAGGGGCAUAGGCACACUGCUGCCGACUUAUUAGAGUAUGCUAAUUCCACUAGGCUCACUGUGCUCUUGCACGCCUCUGUCCAUAAGAUCUUGUUUAGAACAAGAGGAAAAGCAAGGCCAUUGGCCCAUGGUGUAGCGUUCAGAGACGCAUAUGGAACCAUACACACAGCAUACCUCAAGAGAGGGUCCAAGAACGAGAUCAUUAUAUCAGCUGGGGCAAUUGGAAGCCCACAGAUCUUGAUGUUGAGUGGUGUGGGCCCUGAAGAGCACCUUAAGGCCCACAACAUCACCGUUGUGUUGGACCAACCCAUGGUUGGCCGAGGCAUGUCGGACAACCCUAUGAAUGCCAUUUUCGUGCCUUCACCUAGCCCCGUCGAGGUGUCGCUCAUCCAAGUCGUUGGCAUUACCCGCUUUGGAAGCUACAUUGAAGCUGCUGGAGGCGAAAACUUCUCUCCGAGGGACUAUGGAAUGUUAUCUCCCAAGAUUGGCCAGCUCUCCACCUUGCCACCAAAGCAAAGGACCCCGGAAGCCCUAGCUAAAGCUGUGGAAUUCAUGAACAGUCUUGAUGAAGCAGCUUUUAACGGAGGCUUCAUCCUUGAGAAGAUCAUAGGCCCCGUUUCCGCAGGCCAUUUGGAGCUCCAGACCCUAAACCCGAACGACAACCCCUCUGUCACCUUUAACUAUUUCCAAGACCCCCUAGACUUGGAGAGAUGUGUCCAAGGCCUUCAUACCAUAGAGAAGGUGGUUGAAUCAAAGGCAUUCUCCAAAUUCCGGUUCAACGAUAUGUCAAUACCAACUCUCCUCAACAUGACAGCCCAAGCCCCCAUCAAUUUGCUGCCUAGGCAUGAGAAUUCUUCAAGGUCUCUGGAGCAGUUCUGUAAGGACACUGUGAUGACCAUUUGGCAUUACCAUGGAGGAUGCCAAGUUGGGAGAGUUGUUGAUCAUCAAUACAAGGUUCUUGGUGUUGAUGCUCUUAGGGUUAUUGAUGGCUCCACUUUUAACUACUCACCUGGGACUAAUCCUCAAGCCACUGUUAUGAUGCUUGGAAGGUACAUGGGACAGACAAUACUGAAUGAGAGACUUGCGACUGAUGAACCAUAGUGUGUUCAUAAUACUGGGGUCAUACCCUAUAUAUUUGUAACUAUAUAUCAGGGCCGGUCCUGAGAUUUGUGUGGCCUGAGGCGAAUAUAAUCUCGUAUAAAUUGACAUUAAGUGUUCAAGUAAAUUUUUUUGGGUAACUAGUAAUACAUUAAUUAUUCAUAUUGGUUUUUUCUA